AUGGAUAUAAGACAUGUAGAAGGUUGUGAAUAUUAUGAGAGAGAAAAUAUUAAAGAUUGUGAAGAUGAAAUUAAAAAAGUGAUGAAUAAAUUACUAUAUGAGAGGAAGAAGAAUUUUCAAGAGCAAGAUAAUUAUUGUCACAAUCCUUCGAUAAGUAUUUGUCCUAAUGUUUACUGUAAUAUUUACACAGAUUUAUAUAAUUGGUUUGGUUUUAAAAAUUGUAUGAAAAUAGAUACAGAAAGCUUGAAUACUUGCUUUACUGAUGUAACCAAUGGAGGUGUGGGAUAUUACGAGAAGCUGAUAGUUUUAGGAGGAAGAAUUUUAGAAUUAUAUAGUGAACUACAUUUUUUUAAUAAAUAUAAUUAUGAAAAAGAUGAAGAGAUUGUUGAUGAUUUAAGAAAUAUUAAAUCAAUUAAAGAGGUAGUUUUUCAUUAUUUAUAUGUUCAAAAAAGAAAAAACCGUGUGGUAUACAGGAACAGUUUAUAUUUGUUCGGAUACUCCUAUUUAUAUACUCCUUUAUUUUUUAACAAUAAAAAUUCUAUAAUAAAAUAUGUUAAAGCUUGCGUAGCUUAUGCAGUUAAAUUUAGCGGAUCAAAUAUAUUUUCAUGGAUGCCUUCAUUAAUAGAGCACAUAUAUCACUCGCAGAAACUAAAAGUUUCAGAAAUAGAACAAGAAAAUGAACUUAUACAAGAUUUACAAGAAUAUUUAGGUUAUCAAUUUGAUUAUAUAAUACCAAGAAUAAAUGAAUGCUUCAGCUACCAUAAUUUAUAUAUAAGCAAUUCUCAUUUAACAGGAUUACAAAUAAUUCGAAUAUUUGCUAAUGAAUAUUUUUCUCUCUUGGCAGACGAUGUUGGUGUUUAUGGGAAGGAAAAAGCUAUUUGGGUAAGAGAAGAAACUGAAGCUUUUUUAAAUUCAAAUUGUAUAGAAAUAUUUAGUGGGUGCAUGAUAUCAAUUAAUAAAUAUUUAAAUGAGAAGAAUGUAAAAAUAUCUAAAAUAAGAAAUAUUUUUGAAAUGAUAUUAUCUUCAUGUUGGGUAAUAGGAAAAGAAAAAAAAAAUAAAAUAUGGGUUAGCGCAUUGAUACAAAGAUUAAGGCAAGUGCAACUAUUAACUCAAAUAACUACUAUAGAAAAAUGGUCUUAUAGUAUAAAAAAAUAUAAUGAUAUAAAUAUAAAUAAUUUUGUGAAUGAUAUUUAUAAUUUUAAUAACAUAAAUGGAAGCAUAUUGUCUCCUUUUCAAUUACAAAAUAUAAACACAUAUUUACCUUCAAAGAAAACUCAGUUAAAGCAAAUACCUUAUUAUACCACAUUAGCAGAUAAAUAUAAAGAUCGUUUUCAUCAAAAUGAUAAUAAAAAUACAAAGAACAAAAAGGAUUACAAAAUUUCCAAUGUUUUAAAUAGUCUUUCUAACAAUUUAUCUAAACAUUUUAAGUCAAGAAAACAGAGAAUUAAUGCACCACCAAAUAUGAUGAAAAUUUAUGCAAAUAAUGGGAACCUACCUGCAGGUAGUAACUAUAUUAAUUCUAAUGAUUAUUAUUCCAAUGAUGAUGUAUCGGGUUAUGAUGUUUCAAAUAGAGAUGAAGAGGAAAUAGAAGAUGAGAAUAAUGAAGAAGAAGAUGAACAUAAGUAUGAAGAAAAAAAAAAAAAUAAUAAAAUAAAAAGUAAAAAUAAUGGAAUACCAGUUAAGAUAAAAUAUAUUAAAGAUUCCAAGGACGAUGAAAACUCUAAAUAUGUUAUAGAAAUACCAAAAAAAGACUUGAAGGGGAAAGGAAAUAAGAAUCAUAUAAAAGCUGUACUUUGGGGUAAUAAAGAAAGGGGCUUAGAAAUAAAGAUACCAACAGUAAAAAACAUAUUGCCACAAAUGAAAAUAAAAACAAACAAAAUUUUAUAA